AUGGAGAAUUCUGCAGAGAAAAUUGGCAACAACCAAGAUAUCUUAAACCAACUCCUCCUCAGAUUACCCACAAAAUCACUCCUCAAAUUCAAGUGUGUCUCAAAACAAUGGCUCAGUACCAUUUCCAACCCUCAGUUCUGUCUCUCCCACACUCGCCACCACCAGCACAAUGGGUUUCUCGAGCCUACUGCCCUUCUGCUCAAACCUUACCUCGCAGCAUACCUUGAAUUCGAUGUGGCUCCUUUGAAGCAUUACAGUGAAGUCCCCUUCUUUCAUUAUCUUAAUAACUCUGGCAUCAUCUUGCGGCAAUCUUGUAAUGGGUUGUUUCUUUGCCGGCCCUUUGUUUUUUAUGAUCAUGGAGAUGCCAGGUUCUUCAUCUGCAACCCAACUACAAAGAAAUUUAAGAUUCUAUCUGUUCCUAGGAGCCCACUUAAAGAUUAUCUGCUUUUUGUUAGUUUGGCUUUUGAUCCUCUCAGAUCACCUAAUUACAAGAUUAUUUGUAUUCGGGGAGUGUCUGACAAGUAUUAUGACUUUGAGAUCGAUAUAUAUUCGUCAGAAACUGAUUCUUGGACUGCAACCGGAAUUGGUUUUAAAGCGGACGAGGGGAGCAUAUUGUUUGAGGGCUCGUAUGUUUUCUGCAAUGGAAAGAUUCACUGGGAUAGUUUUGAAAACGAAUCACUAUAUUUUGAUGUAGAGAAGGAAUCUUUGCAUAAAAUGCCAAUGCCAAUGCUACCAAAUAGAAGCGAUAUGCUUGAGAUGGAUAGAUAUUUUGGAGAGGCCAGGGGCACUUUGUACCUUGCACUAACCUACUACAAGGUGGGUCAUUUAGAAUUAGAUGUUUAUGAGAUGGCAAGAGAUUAUUCUCAUUGGUUCUUAAAGCGGCGCCUGGAUCUUAGUGAUGCAAUGAAACUUUUUCCUGAGAUAAACUUGUUUUCUCUUCCCUUCUUUUCCGGAUUUUCGGGUGUGUCUUUUAUUCAAUCAGAGAAAGAAGAAGAGGCAAAGAUUGUGAUGUGGGCAGAUGGUAAAAUAUUAUGCUAUGACUUCAAUGAUGGAGCAUGGAAAAUGCUAUAUGAUCCAGGGCCUGGUGUCAAAAUCGGCUCCAAUUAUUCAGAGAACAGUUUCGAUCAUGUACAUCAACCAAGAUUUCUCGCUUAUAAAUACUUUGAGAACCUCUCCUGUAUUUGA